AUGAGUUCAGACGACCACACCUCCUCGAGGGUCGAGCUCUAUGAGUCCGGAUUGACAGUCCCUUCCGAUUCGGAGAAUUACUCUGCCAAUAAUGAGCUGUCUUCUUCGACGUCGAGCUCGCCCUUGAUACUUUACAAGCCUCCGACUUUCUGGAGUCUCUUGCGAGGGGCAGCGAUCAACCUGUUUCUUCCCUUUGUAAACGGGUUGAUGUUGGGAUUUGGGGAGUUGUUCGCACAUGAAGCGGCUUUUAGACUAGGGUGGUCCAACACUAAGAUCUUCCCUACUUACCGACGAUCGAGACCGUUGGGGUCUGGAGUGGAAGUUCGAGAAAUCCCCUCGUCAAGAAAGGAUUUCCUGCGGAAUACCACCGCCCUGGAAUAG